AUGAAUUACUACAAUCCCCCUAGCAACCACAGCCAAACUGGCCUGCCACCUCAAAACCCUGCCGGCGUCAACCUCGGAAACCCAGCAACCAACAUUACACCGCAUCGCCAAAGGCCAAACGUCGCAACCAAUAUGACCGAGGGAGGCGGGUUGGGCCCGCACCGCAUCUCACCAACUAACGCUCGUUACCACCCUCAUCGGGGCGAGCAACCUAGGGGCGCUGGGGGCGCCCUAACUCCCCAGACCUUAACAUCGAGCAAUACAGGAAGUCAUGGCAACCCCCACGCCCAUCAACCGAUGGAGAACCAGAUGACCAACCACCCAGACGGACCAGAAGAUAGCAACCUCGAAGGCCCCAACCUAGGCAACUACCACGACACCCCGGACUACUCCGAACUCAUUGGCUCAGGGGCCAUGGACCCAAACGAUACAGACCCCACUGGAGGGGGCCACACUGAUGUAGACCUCAAUCUUCCCCCACCGUUGGACCUCGGUGAUUCCCUCGCUACCGGCGCCAGCAAUAUCGGGCUUGAAUCCAACGCCAACCAUGGAGCCAUGCCAGGUGCCCCCCCAGACUCAGACCUAUCGGCCAAUGGGGAUCUCAUGCGCCGACUACUAGAAACCCCUACGGCCAUGGCCACAGUGAUCGGGGCCUUUAUGCAGCGUGGAGGCUUCCCACCAACCGACGCCGUCCCCAACAUAGCACCUGCCCCGGCGCGCCACAUCUAUGGCAAGAUAAUCCGAGAACAUGUACGCCAGGAAAUCCGCCGUAUUUUGAGACAGCCGAACCUUGCCGCCUACACCCGAAACAAUGGGCCCAACGGCGAAAGGUAUACAAAUGCGCCAUUCCCGCUCAUCCGUGCUCACGUAUUGGCACAACCUGCCUUGUGGCGACAAAGACACCUCCCGCCGGGUCUGACCAAUGACAUUAACGACUUGGAAGCCAUCCAAAACCUCGACCAAUUCCUGCGUACCAUGGUCAAACAUGAGCGUACCACCCUUCGCAACUUGCUCCUAAUUCAAGUCCGACCAGACCCACGUCGUCGAGCCCCCGCGCCGAUACCUCGCCUAUUUGACCUGCUCGUCCUCAUCGAUCAAGGACUCAGCGGCGCACGCAACGCCCUCACUCGCCAGGAAUUGCAACAGUGGGCCACCCGCCCAGUAAGGCUCCGAUUUGCCCUAUUGCGCCUACUUGCGGUUGAUCAUUACAUCAACCGACCACCUGGCGAAACCGCCUCCCAGUGGGAGAUCAUAGAUCGCCAUCUCGAGAUGUUAUCUGGCCUAAGUCCUGUGGUGCUUCAAGCGCAUAUUGAGCUUAUCAUCCGCAAAGACGCUCAGUACUUCGAUGGUACCAAGUAUAUUGGCGAUAUCCCUCGCGAAACGUUCCACCUUCCAACCGAGGCUGAGGUGCAAGAAGAGGUGGAACGAUUGAACCGCACCCCAGCUGCUGAGCGUGCCACUCGAUUGGCGGCCAUGAAUGAGCAAUAG